GCCCGACGACCCAGACCCCAAGCAGGGCAGGGCCGGGGAGGGGGCAGCAUGCCGUCGCCUUGCCAACUUGGGUGCCCCUUCUUGCUGCUGCUGCUGGUCUUGGCCGCGCUGCGGGGGGAGGGACGCUCCCUGCAGCUGCGGGCGACAGCGGGAGGCUCGGGGCAGGACCUGUCUGCGGGCGGCCGCCUCUACCAACGAUCGCUGCGAUGCAUCGACAUGCUGAGCGUCGAGGGCCAGUUCACCUUAAGCGCAGGGGAGCCUCAGAUGAACUGCGCCACCUUCUUCAUCUCCAAGCCCCAAGAGCUCAUCACCAUCCACUUCGACCUGAUCAAAAUCGACUGCCGGGCUGGGGACAUCCUGAAGGUGUUUGAUGGCUGGAUUCUCAAAGGGGAGAAAUUCCCUAGUGCCGAGGACCACCCUCUCCCAAUGUCUGAGCGCUACAUUGAUUUCUGUGAAAGCAACGUCAGUAGGAGCAUCAGGUCUUCCCAGAAUGUGGCGAUGAUCUUCUUCAGGAUCCACAAACCAGGAAAUGGUUUUACUGUCUCCAUAAAGAAAAACCUGAGCCUCUUCCCCUGCAACGUCAUCUCUCAAACCCCCAGUGGAAGGUUCACCCUGGUCAUACCUCACCAGCGCCGAAACUGCAGCUUCUCCAUCAUUUAUCCUGUAGUUAUAAAAAUAACCAAUUUCACCUUGGGCCAUUUCAAUGACCUUCAGCAAAAGAGUCCUUCAGAAGGGUGUGGGAGGGCUGGAGAUUUCGUGGAGCUGCUGGGUGGGACUGGAUUGGCCUCUUCGAAGAUGAUGUCUGUAGCUGACCUGUGCCACCCCUUUCACGGGCCAGUCCAAAUGAAGAUCAGCUGUGACAACGUGGUCGUGAGGAUGGUCUCUAGUGGGAAACAUGUCAAUCGGGUGACAUUUGAGUAUCACCAGCUGGAGCCGAAUGACCUGGAAACACAACAGGAGAACAGUACUAAGGAAUAUUGUUUUCCUGGUAUUUGAAUCAGGCCAGAGAGUCGAAUGAAGGUCGGGAUGGAUAACCCACAUCUUAAUUUGGAUCUCCUAGUGUGACUGACCCUGGCAACGUUCCACAUAUUUCCCUUUCUGCAUUCCCAGCCUCGAUCUGGAAAGGCGCCAGUUUCAUUUUUUUGUUUUCUGUCUAUUUUCUGUCUGUCUUCCCUCUGUUCCUUCUUCAUGAAUAACUAUACAUUGCCCUUGUGGCAGAAAAUCAUCAUAGUUUGGGCACUAUAAACCCAGAAUUGUACUUUCCAAGUCAUUAGUGCAGUGCUUUGCACACAGUAAGCACUCAAUAAAUAGGAUUGAUUGAAUGAAUGAGUUAUGAGCGGGAACGUUUAUCAAUCCUUCAGGUGUUACAAGUUCAAGCCCAUGAGAAACGUAAAAUAUCUCAAAGAGCAAACCCCACCUGAUGAUGGAGUCUGAUAUCUGAUGAUGACAUACACAUAUAUCAGAUUAAUAACAGAAAACCCAGUGUUUGUGUCUGCAGCAGCAAUCACUUGAGAAUGCACUAUUAUUUAUUUAUUUGUAAUAACUUGCUUUUAAUAAAACUUUACAGCAUGGGAAAAUUUUUCCUUCCACAAGUCCAAACAUGAAGAAGUACAUUCAGAGUGUUGGCAGAUUCUCAUUAGGCUGCAUGUUUGUCAGAGUAUUUCUCUGUCUUUGUCUCUUCAGAGAUCUUCUGCCAUCUUGUGAAGAACAAAAAACUCUUCGAAUUGAUCAUUUUGGACUCUUCUGUCAUUGUAAAACUUGGACUAUUAAAGUAAAAGUGUUCUGGGCAUAA